AUGAGCAGCGAAACCAUACCGUCCUUAGACAUUAACAGGCUCGUCUGGGAGCUAGCUUCCGACAAGAAAUCAAUACGGCAUACCGCCUUUGAUACUGUAUAUGACGGUUUGGCGUUGCAGACCCGACGAGAGCCUUUGGACUAUCUUGCAAUGAUGCGGCUUUGGAAGGGACUGUACUAUCUCUUAUGGAAGGAAGAUAAAGUUGACAUGCAGUUCACACUCUGCAAAAGGAUAUCAGGGCUAAUUCAUAUGCUCCCUGAGCCUUCUCCGAAAGAGGAGAGAGCCUUUAUGAAAUUUGCAGGGGUGGAUAAUGAAGGGUCUUUGUAUGAUGAGGACGAGGACACCGAGGAUGAUACCGCUGAUUACGGCGGCCAGGCCGUUCUGUUUGCUCGUUGCGGUCUAGAAACUUUGUGUCGCGAAUGGCCAUCUGUUGAUUAUUUGCGCCAGUCGAAAGUAAUGCGUCUUGUCCGUGACUUUGUCUAUGCACUAAUAGAGCGAAUACUGAGCAACUAUGAUGAAAGUGCCAUAGAGGCAAAUAUGCUCAUUCAUACCGUCUCUCUGGUCUUGCUUAGUAACUCUCGUAUCGUUCAACAAGCAUCUCCCAAAUCCCUUGUGAUUCAUUUCUCAGAUGUAUGGGCAGAUGGGAUUCGUCGAGGCCUCAAGCAGACCUACGAAAGCCAGCCGUUCACAGAGGAAAAGCUUUCGCACUUAUUGAGUCCAUGGAUCGAGUAUGUGGUAAAUAGUAUCGAUAAGGAGGUUUCUGAGUCUAUAGGAACAAAUAUAUUCAGCCGUAUAACAGAUACCAGCUAUAACCCUCCAGAGAACUUCGCAGAGUACCUUAGAAAUGUGGAAGAGGACGAGGGUUCAGAGAGUGAUCAGGAUAUAUCUCUUAUUGAAUUAGUGCUCUCUCAAGCUAAAGAAGCAGAGCGUGUAGAACAGCAGAUGCAAGGUGUAUCAACAAAGUGUGAGCUAAAUAUAAAAAAGAUACGGAGACCAUGGGAAAAGAGGAUGCGUGGGCACGUAGGCAGCUAUAGGUACGCAGAAAAAGACCCACACGCACGCCCUGGGCCCACCACAGAAGAGAGCAGUGACAAUACAGGAAACAGAGUCGAGUAUCGGGGGGCUCGAGCCCUCUCCAACAGCGAGAUACUCGAGAUGUUUGCCACUGAGCUACAGGAAGCGCAGGCAUGGUGGAGAGCUAACAGUGAAGCGAUCUUAGAAAGCCUAGCGAAUGCAGACCAGGAGCCUGCUCCAAAACGCGUCUUGCGCAAAGAAGAAAAGGCAUUUGUGGAGGCGAAGCAAUACCUUAACCGCUCUAUUUAUGCUAAAUAUAAGACAGAGCUCCAUAAUGUCCGUGUUUCUCGACGAGGACUUCUUGUUUAUGAUCCAAAGGUUCACGAGCGCAUGCUACGGACAGAAGACUAUGCAGUUAUCAAACCUGUACUUCUUAAUCAGUUAGACCCCGAAGAGCUGGAGAAACUGUUUGGGACAGAUAGUGGAAUACUAGACGAACUGGGCGCUGUCAUUGGUGCUUCACGAUUCUAUGCACGCGAGGAUAUGGAGGACACAGAUUCCAUUGAUGCAGAUCGUGAAUCUAGCAAUUCAGAGGAGGAUGACUGCCAUAAGUGA